AUGGCAGAAGGAAACCAGAGUGGAUCAGCAGCUGUGACCACCUUCAGCAAGGAGGAUUUCAACUGCCAGGCAUGUGCUCUUCCGGAUGAUGCCGGCCCCAUGGUGUCCUGCGAUUCCUGUCGGCUGUGGUGGCAUCAGACGUGUGCGCAGGUGACUCCAGGUGUAGAGUCCCGCCCCUGGCUCUGUACUGGAUGCAGGCCCCCACCGUCACUUACCAUUUCCACUGUUGCUUCAUCGAAAGCUCGUCGCUUGGAUCUAAAGCUAAAGCAGCUGGAGGAAAAGCUAACAUUAGAAAAAAAGGCGUUGGACGCGGAAAGAAAGGUGUUGGAUGUGGAAAAAAAGGCGUUAGACGCGGAAAAGCGCUACCUGGAAGAAAAGCAGAAAAUACAACUGGAGCAAGUGGAGCUCGACUCCCAAGGAGGCAGUGUACGCAGUCACGUCAGUCGUUCGGCUGUGAAACAGAAGAUAACAGACUGGGUUAAAAAUCUUCCGGAAGCUUCGGGAGAGGUGGGAAAAUCUAAACUGGAAGAACAACCCACAACAUAUUUUCCAGGAAAGGAGCUCCUCUUUCCCCCGGAUUUCUCCACUCCACAACGCAUCGUAUUUAAAGCCACAAAAUCAGCAAAACCAGCGAGGUCGCUGCCACCGCCGUGCCACCGAUCGGACGAGUAUGCUGCGCCAAUUUCUGCAGGGAGAACCGGUGCCUAUCCAAAAGGCGACGCUCUUAAACAACCGCCGAAACAAUUUUCUGUGGAACAACAAGUGUCGAGGCAAUCGAUGGUACCACCCCCCGGGUUGUACCUUCCCAAGUCGCUGCCAGCCCCCCAUGCAGUAGUCCCCGAACCGCUGCCAGCCCCUCUCGCAGCCGUUCCCUCAACAGCUCAUGGUAGGAAUACUGUGCUUCAAGGUAACCAAAAGCAGCAACGCCCAGGUAAGCCCGAACCAUCUGAAAUUCUAAAUGAAAAUGAGCCCCUAGAUUCCUUAAUGGAUCAAUUGGGACUUAGUCCCUCAGAAACCGCCCAAAUAAUGAAUAGUCUGUCCAUCUAUACACCAACCCCUUCUCAAAUGGCAGCCCGCCAAGCUAUGUCCCGAGAUUUGCCCUUCUUUUCUGGCGAUCCAGCUGAUUGGCCAGCAUUUAUUACGUUCUUCACAAGCUCUACAAUUGCUUGUGGAUAUAGCCCUACUGAAAACAUACUUCGACUCCAACGUUGCUUGAAGGGCGCUGCUCUAAAUUGUGUUCGUAGUCGCCUACACCUCCCACAAGCAGUCCCUUACAUUAUUAGGACCCUCAAAUCAACUUUCGGGCGCCCUGAGCUGCUUAUUAACACGCUUCUUGAACAGGUGCGCACCGCUCCCUCUCCAAAGGUUGACAAAUUGGAUACGUUGAUUGAAUUCAGCAUGGCAGUACAAAGUUUGUGUGAUCACUUGGAGGCAGCUGGUCAAACCUCUCAUCUUAAUAACCCCACACUUCUCAGUCACCUUGUCAAAAAACUUCCAACCUGCUAUCAACUUCAAUGGGCUGAGUUCAUCGAAAAUCGUUCUGAUGAAAAUUUAGGGGAUUUCAAUGAAUUUAUUUCUCGUCUAGCCCGUUACGCAAGUCGGGUGACUCUGUAUAGUGGUAAUGGUGAAUUCAAUAGUGAAGAAAAGCGGAAACCGAAGCGAGGAAACGUUAACGCCCAUACGGAAUCACAAAUACGAGUUCCCGAAGAAUCGGGAAAGUCGUGUCUAGCCUGUGGUAGAGAACAACAUCGCCUGAAAGAUUGUACAGCGUUCAAGAGUUUUGACAUCGACGCUCGUUGGCGCUUCGUGCAGAACCAAGGAUUGUGCCGUAACUGUCUUAACUCUCACGGUCGAAGACCAUGCCGCGUACCCGGUUGUUGUGGGGUCGAUGGUUGCAACAAUCGCCAUCAUCCUCUUCUUCAUAAUCCUCAUGCGCCUUCCUCUUCAAAUGCCAGCCCAGUUGUUUCCAUGGAGAACCAUAGUCACCGCAGUUCAUCACACUCGUUGCUGUUUAAGAUCGUUCCAGUUACGCUGUAUGGCAACGACGCAGUAGUGAACACCUAUGCCUUCCUAGACGACGGAUCAUCGCUCACCAUGGUGGAAGAGAGCCUGUUGGAGCAGCUAAACGUCGAGGGAGUAAAACAGCCGCUUUGUCUGACGUGGACGGGAAAUGUAUCUCGUGUCGAGAAAAACUCAGAGGUUGUGCAGCUCAGCAUUUCAUCGGGUCAAGGCAGACCACUACAGCUACGUAAUGCGCGCACCGUCAGACAUCUUUCUUUAUCUCAACAAAGCCUAGAUUUCGAACGGAUUGCAGCUGAUUUUCCGCACCUUCGGGGGCUUCCCAUCAAGAGCUAUAAGAAGGCAACUCCGAAGCUACUCAUCGGCAUCGACAACCUGCACCUCAUCGCUCCGUUGAAACUCCGUGAAGGAAGAGCCGAGCAGCCAGUUGCAGUGAAGACGAGGCUAGGGUGGUGUUUGUUUGGUGGAUCGUCGGAUAAUCAGGUGAUUUCAACGCUCAACGUUCAUCAGUGCGAUUGCUCUAGUGAUGACUCCCUCCACUCCUUGGUCAAAGAUUUUUUCGGCGCGGAGAACAUUGCAUCGAAACAAAGUAUCGAGUUGAUUCCUAGAGAAGAGCAGCGAGCUUUGAAGAUUCUCGAGGCUACAACAAAGCGCAUCGGAAACAGGUACGAGACGGGGCUGCUUUGGAGAUUCGACCACUUCGAGAUGCCAGAAAGCUACCCCAUGGCAGAAAGGCGGUCGGCCUGUCUAGCCCGUAGAAUGCAGCGAGAUCCAGAGCUUCGGAAGAAUCUUGUGAAGCAGAUCGACGAUUACGUAAUGAAGGGCUAUGCGCAUCGUGCCACAGAGCAGGAAUUAGCGGCUGGAGAUCCUCGACGCGUGUGGUACUUGCCACUGGGAGCCGUAACAAACCCGAGGAAGCCUGGCAAGGUCAGGCUGAUUUGGGAUGCAGCGGCCAAAGUAUGCGGUGUGUCGCUGAACUCCAUGCUCCUGAAGGGUCCAGAUCAGCUAACUUCCCUACCCUCAGUUCUGUUCCGAUUCCGCCAGUUUCAGGUAGCUAUUUCUGCCGACAUCAAGGAAAUGUACCAUCAAGUAGCCAUUCGCCCAGAAGAUCGCCAUGCUCAACGUUUCUUGUGGCGUGUGGACCCCGAAAAACCAGCUGAAACCUUCGUUAUGGACGUUGCAACUUUCGGAUCAACAUGCUCACCUGCCUCUGCACAAUACGUGAAGAACAAAAACGCUGCGGACUUCGCUGAUCAAUUUCCGAGAGCAGUGGAUGGAAUUACGCAAGGGACAUAUGUGGACGAUUACUACGACAGUUUUGAGCAAGUUGAGGAAGCAGAACAGGUAGCACUUCAAGUCCAAACUAUCCACUCACGAGCAGGGUUUCAACUCCACGAAUGGCGCUCCAAUCGUCCAAAGAUUUUGGAGAAACUGGGACAAACGGCUUCGAUCGAAACUAAAACACUCAGCCUUGAGAUCGAUAGGGUCGAACGCGUUUUGGGAUUGCUAUGGCGACCACGGGAAGAUGUCUUGGGAUUCCACACAGAGCUACCAGCGGAACUUAAGGCAGCAAUGUCGUCUUCCUCCGCUCCAACAAAACGACAAGUUCUGAGGUGUCUGAUGAGCCUUUUUGACCCCCUCGGCCUGCUAUCCAUUUACACGGUUCAAGGGAAAAUCAUUCUUCAAGAAAUUUGGCGAUCGGGCAUUCAGUGGGACGAACAGAUAGAAGACAAUAUCCUUCAUCGUUGGCAACAAUGGACGGCUCUUUUCCAGAACAUACAAGACCUCCAGAUCCCUCGUUGUUAUUUCACCGAAGCAAGUGCAGCCUUGUACCGUCAACUUGAACUGCAUAUCUUUGUCGACGCUGGCGAAGAGGCUUACGCAGCAGCGGCGUUUUUCAGAACACUCAAUUCGGAAGGCACGGCAUCUGUAAUUCUGGUAGCAGCGAAAACGAAGGUCGCCCCCUUGAAACCAACAUCGAUCCCCAGGAUGGAGCUUCAAGCAGCUGUGUUAGGUGUCAAUCUCGCUAACUUUGUUGCUGAAAAUCACCAAAUAAGUAUUCCGAAACGAACGUUCUGGUCGGACUCAAAAACCGUAUUAGCCUGGCUGAAUUCAGAUGGCCGCCGCUACCAGAAGUAUGUGGUCCUGCGUAUUGGACACAUACUUAGUGAAACCAAUCCAGCAGAGUGGCGAUGGGUGCCCAGUAACCAGAAUCCGGCCGAUUUAGCCACCAAAUGGGGUAAAGGCCCCCAGCUUGAACUCAGCAGCACCUGGUUUCAAGGACCACAAUUCUUGCAGCAGCCGGAACAAGCCUGGCCGUCACAGCCCAUACCCAGUGUCCCUAUCGAAACAGAGCUCAGAUCCGUUCACGUUCAUCAAGCAGUGCUUAUGUACCCAGCGCAAAUCAACUUAUCCCGCUUUUCCAAAUGGAAACGAGCUCUUCGGGCAAUGGCCUAUGUCUUUAGGUACAAAGACAACCUGAAAAGAACAGUACAGAAAAAAGAAACAAAUCUUGGAAUUUUGUCUCAGGAAGAACUAGAAACUGCUCAUAACUGGUUGAUAGUGAUGACACAGUGGCAGUGUUAUCCAAAAGAAAUGGCCGUUCUGACUUACACCGAUGAACAUCGAGAAAAGUUACCGACAGUGGAUCGUUCCAGCUCUAUUUACAAACUUUCUCCAAUCAUAGACGAAAAGGGAAUGUUGCGAAUCGACAGUCGUCUUCAAGCCGCAAUGGAUAUACCUUGGUCAAUGAAAUUCCCCAUCAUUCUACCGGAAAGACACCGUCUGACGGAACUCAUCGUUGCCAGCUUUCACGAACAGCAUUUCCACGCCAACCCCGAGACGGUGGUUAACGAACUACGCCAGGUGUACCACAUUCCCAAGCUUAGAGUCGUCGUCAAAAGGAUCGUGCGCCAAUGCCAGUGGUGUAAGGUUAAGAAAACCCUUCCUCGCGUCCCUCGAAUGGCUGCUCUCCCCCUUCCACGGCUGGCAACAUCAGUGCGUCCGUUCACCUUCGUUGGUUUGGACUUAUUCGGACCGCUUACAGUCAAGGUCGGUCGAAGCCAGGUCAAGAGAUGGGUGGCACUCUUCACUUGUCUGACGGUACGAGCGGUCCAUGUAGAAGUUGUCCACAGUUUGUCGACGCAGUCUUGCAUCAUGAGCAUCCGCCGGUUCAUCGGGCGCAGAGGGCCUCCUGCUGAAAUUUACUCCGACAAUGGCACCAACUUCUACGGAGCUUCGCGUGUUUUACAAGAGCAGAUGAGAGCGGUUCACGAAGAUCUAGCCACGACGUUCACCACUACCACUACUAAAUGGAACUUUAUCCCACCAAGCACCCCACACAUGGGCGGCUCGUGGGAGAGAAUGGUGCGAUCCAUAAAAACUGCAAUGGAAGCGGCAAACGGGGAACGUAAUUUAGACGACGAAGCGCUGCUAACCCUGACCAUCGACGCCGAGUAUAUGGUAAACUCCAGGCCUCUAACGUACAUGCCUUUAGAGUCAGAUGAAAGCGAAUCUCUUACUCCAAACCACUUCAUCCACUGCAGUUCAAAGGGCAUUAAACCGCCUACCGCGAAACCCACCAACGUCGUGGACGCGCUACGCACAUCACUAGGACAAGUAAACCGUCAGCUCGACAUUUUCUGGCACCGAUGGGUUCAAGAAUAUUUGCCGACACUAACUCGCCGUACCAAAUGGUUUGAAGAUGUGGCGCCGAUAGCCGAAGGGAACCUGGUCGUUAUCGUCGAUGAGUCGAAGAGAAACAAUUGGGUCCGGGGCCGGGUUGUCAAGUUAUUUCCGGGGACAGAUGGUAGAGUAAGGAGGGCGUUGGUACAGACUUCAAAAGGGGGGCUCAUAAAACGGGCGGUAUCAAAGCUAGCUAUACUGGAUGUGGCGACGGAUUGUAAAGCUGAUCUUGGUUACUCGGGCGACCAGCUUUACGGGGAGGAGGAUGUUACGGACGGAAAAUCUGGCAACGCUUUCUCAGCCGUCAACGAUUUAGCACCGGGGCAACCAGAUCAAAACACGAUCGAGAACUAG